AUGAAACGUGCCAACACCAUCAGUCGCUCGGUGGAGAUCGGUCUCCGUUUUAUCGGUUUAUGGCCGGAUUCGACUUACGCGACUUUCUAUUGGUUUAGCUACAUGAUGUCGAUAGCAAUAGUGCAAUAUUAUCAAUAUGCGUAUGUGCUUGAACAUCUUGACUUAAACGAUAUCUGGCUUCUUAUGGACUGUCUUAGCCUGACUUUGGCAUACACUCUCGCCUUUUUCAAACUUCUAGUUUUAUGGUGGAAUCGCCGGAUAUUUUAUCGUAUUGUGAAAGAUAUGGAUAAAGAUUGGAGAGAUUGCAUUGUCAAUGAUUCGUAUGUGUCUAUAAUGACGACCAUGGCAGAUCUGUCACGUCGUUUUUCCAACAUAGUGUUCACUAUCAAUGGCGUCGGUGCAUUUCUUCUUUCAAUUGGAGAGCAUUUGUUCCAAUCGAUGAACGAUGCCAAUCGAAUUGACAAUAGUUCUCGAGAACUCCCUUUAAAAAUGGAAUUUCCUUUUGAAGUCAGCGAAUCACCAAUUUUCGAGUGUUUUCUAAUUGGACAAUUUAUCUAUGAUUUGAGCAUAGCUUUUGUGGUUGCUUUGAUGAAUGCAUUGCUUGUCACAUUGAUACUUCAUGUAAGCGGUCAAAUGGAUAUUAUGCGACAAGAUUUAGCCAAAAUUUCCAAAAACAAAUACGAUCGUAGUACAUUUUUAAUUAUUAUCAGAGAACUCAUUUGUAAACAUCAAAGGAUCAUUGCUUUAUCGGAAAAUAUUGAAAAUCUUUAUACUCAAAUUGCGCUAAUGCAACUUUUAUGGAAUACAUUGGUUUGUUGCACUGGUUUCUCGAUUAUAAUUACCAUUAAUACCAACAAAGAUAUAUCGGCUUUGAUCAAAUCUAUAAGUUAUUAUAUUGCAAUAACUCUAGAAGCUUUCAUAUUUUGCUUUGCUGGAGAAUUUUUGAGUGCCAAGAGUAUAUCGCUUAGCGAUGCAGUAUAUGAAUCACUUUGGUACAAUAUACCUCCAAAUGACAGUCGUAUUUUAUUAUUCAUGAUGUUAAGAUGUCAAAAGCGAUUAACGAUCACUGCAGGAAAAUUCAUUGAUUUGACGUUAGAUGGAUUUGCAAGUAUUAUGAAAGCAUCGGCUUCUUACGUAUCAGUGUUAAAUGCAAUGUACUAA